CUAAAUAUUCUGUGAAAAUGACCAGCAAAAAAACCUCAAGGUACCCAGCAGUGUAUUUAAAGGCUCUUCUCUCUCAUCCAGUAUAGAAUCAAGAAACAACUCUCUUCGUUUUACAUCUCCAAGAGAAAGAGCACAUGAGGGUGAUGAAGGAGCUGUGUCUACUUCUACUGAUCUGCUGGGCAGGCACACUCCAGUGCCUGGCAGAGAGUUUGAGGGGAAAGAUUCCUGGCAAGCCACAGGAAUGUGAGCAGGCCGAGUUUGUCCCUGGUUACAACCUGGCAGGGGAAGGUUUCGACAUUGUGAAGAUGCAGCGAAAAGGUUCUUAUGUGAUCGACAUGGAAAAUUGGGAGCGGGAGGGAGACACUUGUGAGUUAGCUGUCAAUUUCUAUUUGGGUGGAAUAAAACAGAAGCUUCCAGCAGCCAUGGCAAACUGGAGAGCCCUCACCGACUGCAAGCGGGAGGUCUCAAGCAGCAUCUAUGAAUCCAGUGAGUCCCUCAUCAAUACCACAACUUCAGCCGUGACCAACAACUGGAAACUUGGCUUGGACCUUGAGAUUCCUGAAGUAAAGUUCAAGACCAUCAUUGGAGGGACAGAUUCCAGAGAAGCAACAUAUGCCAUUGCAAAGUCGAAGCAGGACAGAUACAGUUUCACCAGGCAUGAAGUCCAUUGUAGCAUCUACAGAUAUAGCCUGGUUGAAGAUCCUCCUCUUCACAAACAAUUUCUGAAUUCGGUGAAGAAGCUCCCCACUGUUUAUGACCUCAAGUCUAAGCCGGCCUAUAGAAACCUGAUAGACACAUACGGCACUCAUUUCACCUCUCAAGUCAACCUGGGAGGGAAAGUGAGCGCUGUAACUUCCAUCAAGUCUUGUCAGGCGACUAUGAACGGAGUGACAGUCACUGCAGUGAAGGACUGUCUCGAUGUCGAGGCCUCCUUGUCAUAUCAAUACAGCGCUAGUUUGACCGCCGAGCUUCACUACUGUAAUGAACUAAAGAAGAAACUUGGCACCAACCGAAGUUUCAGCAGCAUGUUCAGUGACCGCCACUCGGAAAUUAAAGGAGGGGUACUAAAUGGAGGCGACCUGCUGUUCUCAGGUGCGUUGGACGCAAACGCCUACAAAGAGUGGCUGGAGUCCUUGAAAACGAUCCCUGACGUGGUGCACUACUUCCUUAAGCCCCUUCACAUCCUGUUGAAAAGUAGACAUCCUGCUCAACCUGGGCUGAAGAAAGCAGUGGAGGAGUACAUCCUUGAAAACGCCCUGAUCAAGAAAUGCUCAGAGUCCUGUCAGAUAGGUACGAGGACCAGCCAAAGGGAUCACUGUGCCUGUGUCUGCCACAGUGAUCAGAGCAUCAAGUCCAACUGUUGCCCUGCUGGGAAAGGCCUGGCCAGGCUACAAGUCUAUGGUUUGAGAGCAAAGGGACUAUACGGGGACAUUUCAACCGAAACAGAUGGUUUUGUUGAGAUCUCAUAUGAUAAACAAGUCAAACUCACUGAGGUGAUCAAAGACGACGACAAUCCCGUUUGGCCAGAGAGCUUUGAAUUCGGACCCAUCCAUAUCAACUUUGCCACCAAACUCACUUUCAAGGUGUAUGACACAGACGGAGUUGUUUGGAACAAAGAUGUCCUGGGUGAAUGUUCCUUUGAUCUGCGUAGAGGAAAUGUGAGUGACGUCUGUGUGUUCAAAUAUGGCACAUUCUUCUUCUCCUACACAGUGCAAUGUGCUCCCAGCCUUGGAGGCUCACGCUGUGAAGAGUACAUCCCCUCUCCUAUGAGCGCCUCCCUAGCAAAAGUCUUCCACUCCAGAAAUGGCAUGCUGGCUGGGGAGAAUUGGCGACCUGAGUUGGGCAGGAAUGAUGCGGUUGACAAGGUUGGCUUAAAGAGAUGUCAUGGUGAAUAAGGCAUGAGGUGAGCGACGAGUUGGUGACUGCUUCGCAUUGCAUAGUUCAGCAUUUCAGAUGGUCCCUUUGGCCACAGGCAGGAUCAUGGUUAGAUGAUUCAUGUGAAAUUAAACUAGAGUGAAAUGUGUCAUGUGUUUCUGUUCGAUCUGUAACAUUGAUAGUAUGAGGAAUUGCUUUGCACUGGUUUAUUUUUUGCAUUAAAGCACUGAGAAAGACGAAAUAUAAUGUUUUAGCUUUUUCUUUGUUCAAAGUAUAAUAUAAUUAUAAUUGCAUUGGAUUUGCUUUACAAUUUUGACGUGACAGAUAUUGUGAAAAUGUUUUUAGCACCUCAUCUUGUAUUAGUUGUAUCAUCUUGUACCAAAAUAUAAUUCCCAAUAAUUACAUCUAAGGCUUUUGCUAUAUAUAUAUAUAUUUCUUUUUAAAGGUAUCUCUAACCACUAGAAUGUCAUGGUAUUUUUUUGAAAAUAGUGUAAGGACCCAGAAUGCGAAUUAUACCGUGACAUUUGGGGUCCAUAUUUUUUUCGCGGUACUUCCUAUGUGUGCCUGAAAUUGUUUUAUGGGCCUCAGUGGUGUGUAUUCAUUACCAAAGAAAUAAAAUACAAAAGCAUG